GUCUGGCUUCCCUUCCGCGCACUGGCCGCCUGCCCGCCCGCCGGCCGCCUUUAUAGCCGUCGAGGCGCUUUCGCUUUCGGGGCGCCGCCUUUCCCCGAAGGCCGGGCGCCUCUCGGAAAAGAGCGGCCCCGCGUUCCGCCCGCUAUAAAGGCCGGGCCGCCGCAGCCCGCGCCGGAGAUGGACCGCCGGAGCCGCCCGACGCGCGGCGCCCAUGCCAGGAAGGCCGUCGCAGGUACAGCAAGAAGGAUAAUUGAAGAAGACGGUCCGAAAGGCAAGAUCCAGAAGAGGGUUCCUUGUCGCUGCAACCAAACCAUGUCUGGCCCAGGCGCCAUCCUGGAGAUGCCGGCCCUGGGCCGCCCAUUUCGGCUGGGAUUGCUGUACGACUGCUUCAGGGACGUCCUACUCACAGACUGUUCGUUACUUGAUCCAGAAACCAUUCAGAAGAGCACAGAGAAAAUAAUACACACCAGCUGUACAAUGCAAAAAGUUUCUUCUGGCACCAUUGGAGAGAAAGCGGCUGCUCUGGAUAUUAAGCCCUCGCUAAUGACCAGCCUCCUCUGCGGUUUGCCUGAAGUGAACGGAGCUGCAAAAUACCUCCUCAGCACCGAGAGAUCCAGAUGCCAGGACAAAGUCACCUACCAGUGCCUGGCUACAGAAAGGAUCGAGCACCUGUCUCUGGACGGCUGGAGAACUGAAGAUGUCGUUUUCCCCACCAUCCCUAACCAGUACAAGCCUUCUCACGUGGUCACUGCUGUGUGGUACGGGGAACAGAGUUUCCUGGAUUAUGACAAAGAAGUUUCUACACUUGAAAAUGUAGAAAAGGAUCUGCGAAACCUGCUUCUAACAGAAGGUAAAACAGAUCUCCAAAUGGAUGAGGUAGGAGAACCACAAAGUAAAACACACAACUCUACAUUUUAUGGUGAUUCCUCUCUAGAGAACCAUCCAGUUACUUUCCAAGAUGCCAGAAAAAUUCAGGGCAGCCGCCCCAAACUUUUGGGCUGGAGCAAAGAGAAGUCUGUACCAGUGAAGGCUGGUCUGUUCCCACUAGAGAACCUGAGGCUCGGAGACCCUUGGGUGCCGUACCUCAGACCUUUCCAUGAGAUUAGUGAAGCUCUGAAUUCUAGCAUUAAGCACGCCAUGGAGAGUCUCACAGAAGUAGAAACAGCAUGUGAGGACUUUUUGAAAGACCCCACAGUGAAAGCCUUCCCUGAAAUUAGGAAGAAAAUCCAGCAGUUCCAGGGGCUGUGCUGCCAAUACAAGCAGGCUUUCCAGAAAAAGCUGGCAGAAGUCGUACCUCUUGUUCGUGAGGGUCAUGGAGAGGAAAGAGACCUGGAGGAGGUUUUAGAAUGCAUAAGGAAAUCCCCCUUUGACACAAAAGGACUCCGUGAGUUUUUAGAUACAAAGCAGCAAGAGGUUACUUUUUUGAAUUCUGUCCUUUCUGUCCUAAAGGAUGUAGAAAUUGUUUGCCCUGAGAAGAAACUGGAAGAAAAGAUCUUUAAUACUAGAACUGAGUUUGUGGUUGCCUUCCUAUUCACGUCAUUACACCAAGAGGAGCCGUACUUAUCCAAGCUAGAAGACUACAUUUCUCACUCCCUGCAACUGGAAGACUCUAGCUGGGAGAGUCUGAGCUGUCCAUCAUGGCUUGAGGAUAAAGCUCUCGUCACGAGGGCAAAGGAAGCUGCCAAGUCCUUCUCAGCUUUUCUCCACGCCAAUCCGUCUAGCAAGACGACCCAAUUUGUGGUGGCCUCCAUCCCAGACGACAGCGAUCCAGGGGCUUUCAUUCACCUGUAUGAAAAUGGAGGCCUGAGUGGAACAAAAUUUGAGCCUCCCUCCAAACCCCUUCCUGUACGGAUUGGUGCAGUCUCCCCAGAUAGUGUGCAGCUGAGACUCACCCCGGGAAAGAGUGGGGCGGAUGCCAUCUGCUGCUUUCAGGUGGAGCACAGGGUGGUGGGGCAAGAAAACUGGGUGGUGGAGGUUACCAAUGGAAGAGAAGAAGUGGCCACAGUCCGAGGGCUGAGCCCAGACACCGAGUACGAAUUCCGCUACGCAGCCAUGAGCAAACCAGGGCGCAGUGAAAACAGUGACAUUAGCAGCUCUGUGAAGACCCUUCCACGCAGCCCAGCCACUGCACCCCAAGAAGGUGAUGAAGGAUCUCCCAUCCUUGUCAAGGAAAACAUCAGGGCAGAUGAGAGGAAUAUAUGCUGCACAGAGGAAGCAAAAAUUAUCAAGGGGGAAGGGGGUAUAAACUGGAACCAGCAGGGCACAGGGCGGGAAACAGAGACUGCGGAGGGCCUUCAGACCUUCGCGUCUAAUUCAGCUCCUGGCCCCAGGUCCAAAGGAGAGCCCAAAAGCAUUGCCAGCUCCCUCCUCAGAACGAGCCACAGAGUGCGGAGUGGGCACCCGUCCGUCUAUGCCCUUGCAUUACAGAAGUCCGUUUGUAAAGCCGCGUCAACUUACCUCAAGUACAGCCUUGGAAAGGAAGGCUCUCGGCUGCAUCACAAAGUGAUAAUGUUGCUGGGAGAAACCGGAGCGGGGAAAAGCACGCUCAUCGAGGGGAUGAUGAACUACAUCCUGGGCGUCCGGUGGGAAGAUGACUUCCGGUUCAAAGCUGCCCAGGACAUGCCAAAGAGGAGCCAGGCUGUGAGCCAGACAGAGACCCUGACCGCCUACGAAAUCAAUCUGAGCCAGGGGCUGCGAGUCCCCUUCUCCCUGACUUUAAUCGACACCCCAGGGUUUGGGGACACAAGAGGCAUCAGCUAUGACAAAAUGCUACUGGAGCAGAUCCGGGAGUUUUUCUUGGUCCAGGAGGGUUUUGAUCACAUCGAUGCAGUCUGUGUGGUAGUCCAGGCCUCCCAGCCGCGUUUGACACAACCCCAGAAAUACAUCUUCGAUUCUUUGCUCUCGAUUUUCGGGAAGGACAUCCAAGAGAAUAUUCAGGUUCUGAUCACCUUUGCAGAUGGGCGGAAGCCGCCCGUGCUAGAGGCCAUAAAAGCAGGCAAUGUGCCAUGCGCGACAGAUGCGAAGGGUGUCCCUGUUCACGUCUCAUUCAAUAACUCUGCUCUCUUUUCUAGUAAUGUUCAAGCGGAGGGAGACAGCUAUCUUUUUAAUCAGAUGUUUUGGCAGAUGGGAGUCAAUAGCCUGGAUGUGUUUUUCAGGUCCUUAGUCAGUUUGGAACCUCGAAGUUUAACCAUGACAGCCCAUGUUCUCGAUGAGCGGAAGGCGCUGGAGGCCGUCGUUCAAGGCAUGAAACCCCAAAUCAAAAUGGCCCUCCUGAAAGUGGAGGAACUGAGAAAGACCCAAAGAGCCUUGCUGAGACACCAGGGGGAUGUGGAAGCCAACCGAAAUUUUGAGUAUGAGUUGGAAAAAACGAUGCCAUUCAAGAUAGAUAUCUCUAGUAUGGGCUACUCCAUAACCAAUUGCCAGCACUGCCACAUCACAUGCCACUACCCGUGUCAUAUCCAAGAGAGCCGUGACAAAUGGAAAUGUGCUGUCAUGGACAAACGCCUUGGCCGCUGCAGAGUUUGCCCUGGCAAAUGCCCAUGGGAAGUCCACUGCACUCAAAGCUACAAGUGGGAAUACUGUGUCGUAAAAGAAAAGCAGACCUACGCACACCUGAAGGAGAAAUACGAGAAGUCUUGUGGAAAGCUAAUGACAGAGGCCAAUGCAUGUCAGUGGCUUUCCCAGGAAUGCCGAAAAGCAGAACACGACUUGGUGCAACUCAUUAAGAAGUUGUCUCACCACCUCCAGUGCCUGCAGAAAAUUGCCUUAAGGCCCAAUCCUAUGACCACUUCAGAAUACCUUGACCUGAUGAUCAGUUCAGAAGAAGAAGAACUAGAAGCCGGGUAUGACGAACGAAUAAACUUGCUCAGGCAUCUGAAAAAGCAAUUUUCUGAACUUCCAACUCAAGCAUACUAAAGAUGUUGGUCUGUGGGAUAAUGCUUUGGGCCAACUGUUCAUAGAUGCCAGGUAGCCCUUCUUUCAUCUUGGCCUCCUGCUUUCCAGGUAAGAAACUCAGGUGUGCAGAAGAACGGGGCCAAAGCCAUUGCCCUGGAAACAUAGUAUUUGCUUCGUAAUAUUUGCAGUUUUCCAUCUUUGUCUAGGAACAGACUUUCUAAAGAAUACUAGGUUAGCUCAUCAAUUUGAUAGCCAGUUUGACAGGCACUAACAAAGCCUCCACAUACUUAGCAGACUGACAGGCCAUUGGAGCGUGCUUUUUCCUCUCUGUAUUAUCUUCUUCACUUCCUUCUAGGUAUAAAAAAUAGACCCAUUUGAUUACAAUUUUCAGCAGAUAAGCCCUGCAACAGUUUUUAAGGUGUUUCUAAGGCGAUUGGGUGGCUUGGUUUGGCUGCCGUAUUAUAUGAUAAGAUUGAUGGCAGGACAUUGUUUUAUACCUUUCAGAAACAUUUUAAUGACAUAGCAGUCAUCUCAUUUUGGAAAAAACUCUCAAAUAAUGAACAAACUAAAACAUUGAUGGGAUGUUAACUAAAGAGCUGCACUGUCUCUGGAAGUCAACGUGGUUUUUAUUUAUGUGAUAGAUGAUGCUGGCCCAGGGGGGGGCGGGGGGGGGCGUGUGCAACCUUGA